AUGGCUACUGAUUCGUACGAAGCCGCCAUUAAAGGACUCAAGGAUCUUCUCAGUAAGAAAUCCGAUCUUGGGAAUGUCGCCGCCGCGAAGAUCAAGGAAUUGACGGCGGAGCUGCAAGAGCUUGAUUCGAGCAACUCAGACGCCGUCGAAAGAAUCAAAUCCGGUUUUGCACAAUUCAAAACUGAGAAAUACUUGUGA